CAUGAAUUUGUAUAACGAUGUAGCCAAUGCGCUGGACUAUUCUGUGGUGGACCCGGACGCAGAUGCUGAUGCAGAUGCAGAAAAUGACAGAUACGCGCUGAUCGAUGAUAUAAGCGAGUGGCUGCUGGGCACUGUAGACAACAGCAAUGACACCACCAGCAACAUGUCGUGGAAGGCCGCAGAGAGCCAAAAACAAAUAAACAACACUAAUGUUGUUGUAGGCUUCGGUACGAAUGACACGCUACUGUCCAGCAUGGGUUGGCUGACGCUGGACUCUGGUGAAGGGCUCAAUAGCACACUGCCAAACGGAAAUACCAGUGGGAUAAACAGCAGUAAUAAUAGGACCAGCGAGAAUGACGCCAGUGGUGAUUUUUAUGCGCUGCGAAAUUUUGUAAAGAAGCAAAUGAAUGGAGAUUCUGAUGACGAAGGCAUUGCGUUCAUCAAUAGCGCCGAGGAGAACGCCCUGGACAACGUCGACAGCAACUAUGAAAUAGUCGGUCUUAAUGGCGGCGGCAGCAACUCUGAGAUGCUGCAGCACACCGUAGUGGCAGCGACGGCGAAUCCGGCAAGCACGAAUCGAACCAUUACGUUCGCUUACGAUGAAAACCCCGCUUGGCUGGCCAGCACCGAAACGGACACAGAAGAUAGCACAGGGACGGACGCUGGUGGAGGAAGCUCAUUUAUGCUACUCCUGGAAAACUUUAACGACUAUUUUCCAAACUAUAACGGUACCUUAGUUUCGGGCACAACCGCCGGCGGUAUUUUGGACCAGGCGACAGCAACGAACAUGAGUUUGUACAUGGAGAACUACCGCAAUAAUUGCACAAAUGCAACUGCGAACCUAACAACUGAAUCCUGUCACGAAUUUCGAGUUGUGGACCACAAUUAUUGGGCACUUAUAUUGAUACUGUUCCCAAUUUUAACACUGUUCGGAAACAUACUCGUCAUACUGUCUGUGUGUCGAGAGCGCUCGCUGCAAACAGUAACGAAUUAUUUUAUUGUAUCAUUAGCCAUAGCCGAUCUGUUGGUUGCCGUAGUUGUAAUGCCAUUUGCUGUUUAUUUUUUGGUAAAUGGCGCAUGGGCAUUACCUAAUGUUGUUUGUGAUUUCUAUAUAGCCAUGGAUGUGAUAUGCUCUACUUCAUCGAUAUUUAAUUUAGUUGCAAUAUCAAUAGACAGAUACAUCGCUGUGACGCAGCCAAUAAAGUAUGCCAAACACAAAAACAGUCGCCGCGUAUGCCUUACAAUUCUGCUGGUCUGGGCAAUAUCGUCCGCCAUUGGCUCGCCCAUAGUACUUGGCCUGAAUAACACGCCUAAUCGCGAGCCGGAUGUGUGCGCCUUCUACAAUGCCGAUUUCAUUUUAUAUUCAUCGCUAAGUAGUUUCUAUAUACCGUGCAUCAUAAUGGUUUUUCUCUAUUGGAAUAUAUUCAAGGCGCUGCGCAGCCGUGCGCGUAAGCAACGAGCUGCCCGCAAGCCUCAUUUAUCGGAGCUUACAGGCGGCAGCGUCAUCGAGAACAUUACACAGACGAGGCGCCUGGCGGAGACUGCGUUGGAUAGCAGUCGGCAUGGCAGCCGCAUCAUGCCCGAUGAAGCAGCCACAAACACUGCGAGCGGCUCAAACGAGGAGGAUGAUGAGAAUGCAAUAACGCCCGAUAUCGACGACUGCCACGUUAUAGUGAACGAUAAAUCCACUGAAUUUAUGCUAGCCACGGUUGUCGAGGAGACAGGCAACAGCGUUGUGGCACAGAUCACUACACAUCCGCAGCUUGUUGUGGCCGACCCAAAUGGUAAUCAUGAUUCUGGUUAUGCUCCAUCAAACGUUGACGAUGUCCUUGCAGGCGCCGCUUUAUGCAGCAGCACGCCACCAGAUAGUCCGGUGCCAAGCAGUGGCACGUUGCAGCGCUCAAGCGUCAGCAAUCGACGCAACACAGCGGAGGAUUCACCGAAGAUCGGCGAGCCGGCUCUGAGUGUUUCCAUGAAACCGUUUCCCUUCGGACGAUACGGAGCACAGGAAGCCAUGACUUUGGCACGCAACGACUCCACGCUAUCAACAACAUCGAAAACGUCGUCGCGCAAAGAUAAAAAAAACUCACAGGCAUCAAGAUUUACAAUAUACAAGGUGCACAAGGCUUCCAAAAAGAAACGAGAAAAAUCAUCGGCAAAAAAGGAGCGCAAGGCCACGAAAACACUAGCGAUCGUCCUGGGUGUCUUUCUCUUCUGCUGGCUGCCGUUCUUUACUUGCAACAUUAUGGACGCUAUGUGCGCAAAGUUCAAUAAAGACUGUCGACCGGGUCUAACCGCUUUUAUGCUGACCACUUGGCUGGGCUACAUCAAUAGUUUUGUUAAUCCCGUUAUAUACACAAUAUUUAACCCAGAAUUUCGGAAGGCAUUCAAGAAGAUCAUGCAUAUGGUAUGAUUAAGGACAACAACAUCCGCAGCAGCAAAAACAGCAACUAAAAAGUGUAUAAAUAAAAUAGACUAAUAAUGUUCAGUAAGAUACUCAAGCAAAUUGAUAAUGUUAUAUGUGUGUAUGUUUUUUUCAAUAGAGUGCGAGUAAUACCUGAAAUACACGAGGGAUUCUUUUUAUGCAACUUUUUGUGCCUUUUAUACAUUGCACCCGAACGGUAAAAACGUCCAUUCGACGCCCCAAGCUGCAGCAGCACAUUACAUUCAUGUCCUCCCUUUUGCUUCUUUACUCCAGGCGUAUACCACGGAUCAACGAUUUUGUUUUGUUAUUGUUGUUUUGGUGGCUACAGGGUAUUUCGCAGUCGGGUUAACCUGAUUGUAGCAUUCUGUCUUGUUUUGUUUGUUGG